AUGAAUGCCACAGAGUGCAUGACUGUCACAGAGUGCAUGACUGCCACAGAGUGCAUGAGUGCCACAGAGUACAUGACUGACACAGAGAGCAUGAGUGCCACAGAGUUCAUGAGUGCCACAGAGUGCAUGACUGCCACAGAGUGCAUGCGUGCCACAGAGUGCAUGACUGCCAGAGUGCAUGACUGCCACAGAGUGCAUGACUGCCACAGAGUGCAUGACUGCCACAGAGUGCAUGAGUGCCUCAGAGUGCAUGACUGCAACAGAGUGAAUGAGUGCCUCAGAGUGCAUGACUGCCACAGAGUGCAUGACUGCCUCAGAGUGCAUGAUGGCCACAGAGUGCAUGACUGCCUCAGAGUGCAUGAUUGCCACAGAGUGCAUGACUGCCUCAGAGUGCAUGAUUGCCACAGAGUGCAUGACUGCAACAGAGUGAAUGAGUGCCACAGAGUGCAUGACUGCCACAGAGUGCAUGACUGCCACAGAGUGCAUGAGUGCAUGACUGCCACAGAGUGCAUGACUGCCACAGAGAGCAUGACUGCCACAGAGUGCAUGAGUGCCACAGAGUGCAUGACUGCCUCAGAGUGCAUGACUACCACUGAGUGCAUGACUGCCUAA